AAAAAAAGUAUGGCAGCGUGGAAGAUCCAAAAAUCGAGGCCCAGUUCGUGCUAAACUAAAACACUGUCGUUUUGGUCUGUAAGUAGGAAAUAACCAGACCAGAUAGAUCGGUCAUGAUGAGAGCUUAAAACCUAACGAUUAGCUCUCGAGUGUUGUUGUGUGUUAUCACCACCUGAAGAUUCUCUGUCUCUCCCCCGAUCCUCGUCGCUCUCUCGUCCAAUGGCGGAAGCUGUGUCUGCUCAAACUCCGUCGCUCUCCGAGCAAUAUCAUUUGGAGAAUGAAGUGAAGCAAGUUAAAGAAUCUCCUGAAGAAAGUAGUGAGGAGGAGACUCCUGAUGAGAUCACGCUUGAGACAGCUCCUGCUGAUUUCCGUUUCCCGACCACAAACCAAACAAGGCAUUGUUUCACUCGUUACAUCGAGUAUCACAGAUGUGUAGCUGCUAAGGGUGACGAUGCUCCUGAAUGCGAUAAGUUUGCAAAGUUUUAUCGAUCUCUCUGCCCCAGCGAAUGGGUUGAUAGGUGGAACGAGCAAAGAGAGAAUGGAACUUUCCCUGGUCCUCUUUAAGACAACUCCUCCUUCCUCGAGAAGAAUCAUAUAUCUUCCUCUUUUGCUGUCUGCAGAGUUUCAAUAAAAUGUCAGAAGACUUCAACAUUUUUUAUAAUCUCAAUUUUAUUUAUUUAUUUUAUCUAUAAGUUUUGUGGGGGAUCAUCUAGUUCUGAUAUGUUGUUCUUCCUGAUCAUAUAUGUUUCCAUGGCGAGCUUCUAUUUUUAGCACCG